AGUUAUAAUCAUCUCAAAAACUCAUGAAACAGUAACAGCCUUUAGCUCUUAGCAAACCAUAUAGCGACUAUGGAAUCGAGCUUAAAAAUGGAAACUUCAAACUCAAACGCCCAAAAUCGCCCCUGCAAACGCCUCCUAUUUGACCGGCGCUAUGGUUGGGUGUUUGAUGAGUGGAAAGACCCAGCAGAAGACGCCUUAGCUGGUGGAAGAGGAAUGUUCUGCAUUGUGCCUCUUGGUAAAGCUUUCCUGAAGAUGGCUAGCCAAAUGAUUGACGUUGCUGCCAACUCUGCUGUUAAACUUCUUGAAAAGCCAGACUUGCUUUCACCUGCAGCGGUACAAGCUAAUAUCAAGGACCAACUCCAUAGAAUGAAUUCUUCUAUGAAGAAACUGGAGUUGGAUCUAAGUAAGCUUAUAACAGAUGUCAGGCCGGAGUUGCCUUGUCCUUCAAAUCUGCCUGAAGAUAGUCACAAAUAAGUUUCACCUACCAACACCUAAUGAAGGCGCUGACGUUUCUGGUUCUGAUCGUGGAAAUUCAAUCUCAAAUCCGAGAAUCUGGAAGUGAAUUAUGACCCGCUUGCUUCAAUCUCAAGAUGAGGAUCAAUAUCUAAUUCUCGCUUGUAUAGCAUUUUCUGAUUUCUUACAGGUAUUAGGAUUGUCCUCUGCUGCCUCCAAGUCUGUAACUGAGGUUAUGGAGAGGCCAAUUUGUUGUUCUUUACUAACCUGCUUGUCUAAAUAAGUUUAAGGAUUUAUAGUUUCUUGCCAAGGAUUGAAUUCUUGUGUAUGAAAAACAAUGAAUCAAUGAUUAGUUACUCAUUUAUAUAGAAUUUACAGUAAGCAA